AUGGCAGCAGCAGCAGAUGAUCAACAUGCUGUUCAGCUGAUUGACGAGCAAAAGCGGUUUCAUGAGAAAACCUUGACGUAUUUUAAACAAUGGGUAUCUGGUCGUGAUGUUGGGUUGGAUUAUCAUGUCAUUUCUGUGUUUGGUUCUCAGUCUAGUGGUAAAUCAACAUUGCUUAAUAUGUUGUUCAACACUUCUUUCGAUACUAUGGACGCUCAGUUUAAGAGACAGCAGACAACUAAGGGGAUUUGGUUAGCUCAUACAAGAAACGUUAAUACAGCUACAGUACAGACUGCCAAGGAAAAGGACCUUUUUGUGCUUGAUGUAGAAGGAUCUGAUGGUGCCGAAAGAGGCGAAGAUCAAGAUUUUGAGCGUAAAGCUGCUUUAUUCGCCAUUGCUGUUUCUGAGGUGCUAAUUGUCAACAUGUGGGAGCAGCAAAUUGGUCUAUAUCAAGGAAAUAAUAUGGCUCUUCUAAAGACUGUUUUCGAAGUGAACUUAUCACUAUUUGGCAAAAACAGGAAUGGGCACAAAAUACUAUUGCUAUUUGUUAUCAGAGAUCACGUUGGAAUAACGCCCCUAUCGAGUUUGAGUGAGUCUUUAGUCUCUGAACUAGAAAAGAUUUGGUCAGAGCUAAGCAAGCCUGCUGAAUGUGCCGAUGCCUCGUUGAAGGAUUUUUUCGACCUAGAGUUUGUCGGAUUAUCACACAAGCUGCUACAGCCAAAGGAGUUUGAACAAGAUGUCAAGAAAUUGGGAGAUCGAUUUGUUUUUGAGCAUAAUUCUCCUUUCUAUUUCAAGCCUACAUAUCAUCAUCGCUUACCCUUGGAUGGUUGGACGAUAUACGCCGAGAACUGUUGGGAACAAAUUGAGAACAACAAGGAUUUAGAUUUACCAACGCAACAAAUCCUUGUGUCACGGUUUAAAACGGAAGAAAUAGCGUCUGAAGCUUUGGCCAAUUUUAGAUCAGGAUAUCAGAAAGAAAUUGGCACCGCCAUUGAUGAUAAGGAGAAACUGAUCGCAGUUAUGCAGCAGCUGAAAACAAGAUGUUUAAAAGAGUACGACGAGCAGGCCUCAAGGUAUGCUGAGACUGAGUAUUUAGAGAAGAGGAAUGAGUUAGAGGGGGAAAUGGUCAAGGAUUUCACUGGAACGGCUAAGAUGUUCCUGGAAAAUUUGUCGAAGCUUCUAAUACAGACUUUGGAAAAAGAAGUAGGUGACAGGAAAAGUAACAGGUCGUUCGCAGAGAGGUCUGAGGCCUCUGAAACCGCAGUCAAAAAUCAAUUCCACGCUGCUGCUGACGACUUUGAUAAAGGUGGGUUCAUUACUUCGUCGAGAGAGUUCGUAGAUGUCUUCGAACAACAACUCAAAGAGGAAGUUGAAAAACUGCGUAAAGAUGAGAUCGCUUCGAUCAUCACGCGUGCGAAGAAGGGCAUCACAUUGAAGAUCAAGGACGCAACCAUCAGUCUUCUUUCGAACCCUGAGAUUGACGUGUGGGAUAAAGUGAUGAAAGGCUUCCAUCAAACAAUUCGAGAUGUUCUUGAAAAGUACGAGAUGAGUGAAGGCAACUAUGACUUUCAAGUUGGCUUAUCUGAAGGGAAAAACCAAGAUAUAUAUCAGCAAAUUUGUCAUUGUGCAUGGCAUUUGUUGAACGUGACGGUGCAUGAUUAUUUAAAGGAAGAUACUGUGGUGGGAAUUUUGAGAGAUAGAUUCGAAUCGAAAUUCAGGUACGAUGACAAUGACUCUCCAAGGCUUUGGAAGAACGAAGAGGAGAUUGAUCAAGCCUUCAGGAUUGCCAAGGAACAUGCUCUCGAAGUAUUAGGCGUGCUAUCGCUUGCAUCUACUUCGGACAACGUGGAAGUAGUCGCCAAUUUUGACGCUGCCGACGAUGUAGAAGACGAAUUUUAUCAGGAUGAUAUGGGAAUUUACCACUCUAGAAGAUUUGCGCAUAUACUCAAUGAGGUUCAAAAGGAGAAGGUCUUGCAGCAAUUCCGCAGACAAAUUAAUGUGACAGUCCUAGACAGCAAGAGAUCAAUCAUUAAGACAACUAAUUCUAUUCCAAUAUGGAUCUACAUCAUCAUUGUUGUCCUUGGUUGGAAUGAAUUUAUGAUAGUAAUCCGCAAUCCCUUAUUCGUUACGCUGACUUUGAUCCUUGGUGCUGGUUUCUACUUUGUGAAUAGACUUGGCCUAUGGGGGCCAGUGUUAAACGUUGCCCAAUCCGCAGUUGGUGAAACGAGAAGCACAAUUAAGGAAAAACUCAGAAAUUUAGUUCUUGACGAGCAUGAAAGGAAGCCCAUUGCGGUCCCUGAGUCAUUUGAAAUGAAGGAUAUGUCAGAUGAGCACUAA